ACUUAAGCUCCUCCUUGUCGGGUGACACAUGAAAGUGAAACUAUUAUAUAAGCAUCCAUUUUGUCAUGAGGAAGAAAACAACAUUAAGAGAGAAAAACACAGUCAUUACUGUGGACUAAAUAUUUUGAGUCAGAGGAGGAUUUGAGAAAAUUAAUUGCUGAGAUGAUUCAUAACUCACUCUGUGGACCAACAUCUGUAUCUGCUUUUAGAUGAAACCACAGCCUUCAGAAUGAAUCUCUCUGAAGAACAUGAAAUAAACAUAAAGACAGUCAAGUGUCUGAUUCAGGGGGGUGAAUCAGAUUUACCUGAACACAUCGAUGUGUCUGUGAGGAAAAAUCUUUCAGAUCUCUGCAGGGAGGAAGACUCUUCUGUUGAGCCCAGUCUCUGUGAGAAUGAAUCUCCUGAACCCAGCUGUGUGUCCAUGAAGAGUGACUGGUCAAUGGAUCGUCCAAUUAAAUUCAGCUCGGGAGAAUCAUCUGCUGAUCUGAGUCAAAAACCUAAAGAAUCAGAAUCAUCUACACCAAAGAAGAACUUGGGCUCCAUUUUCAAGGAGCUUGAGCAGAAAAUUAUCUCUGUAAUGAAGACUGAGCUUGAAAGUUUUAGAAGACUGUUGAGUCCAGAUUACCCAGAAUGCUCUGAAAGAGACCAUUAUGAUGAUGAGUGUCAUAGCAGAGUCAGAGAGGGGCUUCUGAAGAUCACACUGGUCAUCCUGAGGAAGAUGAACCAGAAAGACCUCGCUAACACACUACAGACCAAACUGAUGCCUGUGUAUCAACAAAAACUCAAAUCCAGACUACAGGAUAAAUAUCAGAGAAUCAAUGAAGGAAUGUCCAAUCAUGGAGACUCAACACGUCUGAAUGAGAUCUACACAGAGCUCUACAUCACAGAGGGAGGCAGCGGAGAGGUCAAUAAUGAACAUGAGGUGAGACAGAUUGAGACAGUGUCCAGGAGACCAGAGACACAGGAGACACCAAUCAACUGCAAUGACAUAUUUAAACCCUCACCUGGACAAGACAAACCCAUCAGAACUGUGCUGACUAAAGGAGUCGCUGGAAUUGGAAAAACAGUCUCUGUGCAGAAGUUCGUUCUGGACUGGGCUGAAGGAAAAGCCAAUCAGGAUGUUCAUUUCAUAUUUCCACUUCCUUUCAGGGAGCUGAAUUUGCUACAGAAAAAUCUCAGUUUUGUGGAUCUUCUAAACGACCUUCACACAGAAACCAAAGAAUUUAAGUCAGCAGAUUACGAUGACUACAAAGUCAUGUUCAUAUUUGAUGGUCUGGAUGAGUGUCGACUACGUCUAGAUUUCCAAAAUAAUCUGAGUUUGUCUGAUGUAACAGAAUCAGCCUCAGUGGAUGUGCUGCUGACCAACCUCAUCAAGGGGAAUCUACUUCCUUCUGCUCUCCUCUGGAUCACCUCUCGACCAGCAGCAGCCAAUCAGAUCCCUCCUGAGUGUGUCAACCAGGUCACAGAGGUACGAGGAUUCAACGAUCCUCAGAAGGAGGAAUAUUUCAGGAAGAGAAUAAAUGAUCAGAGUCUGGCUGAUAGGAUCGUCACACACAUCCGAUCAUCUAGAAGUCUGUUCAUAUGUCACAUCCCAGUCUUCUGCUGGAUUUCAGCCGCUGUUCUGGAGAGGAUGAUGGGUAAAGCAGAGAGUGCAGAGAUUCCCAAGACUCUCACACAAAUGUUCACACACUUCCUGAUCUUUCAGACCAAACUGAAGACUCAAAAGUAUGAUGGGAAACGUGAACUUGAUCCUCGUCAGGCUAGAAAGACUAUUCUGUCUCUAGGAAAACUGGCUUUUGAACAGCUGGAAAAAGGGAACCUGAUCUUCUAUGAGGAUGACCUGAAAGAGAGCGGCAUUGAUGUCAGAGAAGUGUCCGUGUACUCAGGAGUUUGUACCCAGAUCUUCAGAGAGGAGUUUGGACUACAGCUGGGGAAGGUGUACAGCUUUGUUCAUCUGAGUAUUCAGGAGUUUCUUGCUGCUUUAUUCAAGCUACUGUCAUUUUCUGAACAAAACACAGGACUGUGGAAUGAGUUCAGAUCACCAAUGAACAGUUUACUGAAGGGAGAAGUAGACAAGGCCUUACAGAGUGAGAACGGACACUGGGACCUUUUCCUCCGGUUUCUUCUAGGUCUCUCACUGGAGUCUAAUCAAACUCUCUUACAAGGCCUCCUGAGAAAGACACUAAGCAGCUCUGAUAUCAAUCAGGAAACAGCUGAAUACAUCAAACAGAAGAUCAGGGAGAAUCCCUCUCCAGAGAAAUCCAUCAAUCUGUUCCACUGUCUGAAUGAACUGGAUGAUCGUUCACUGGAGCAGGAGGUACAAACAUACCUGAGCAGAGCAGGUUCCCGUCGCCUCUCUGGAGUCAAACUGUCUGCUGCUCAGUGGUCGGCUCUGGUGUUUAUGCUGUUGAACUCAGAAGAAGAGCUGGAUGAGUUUAAACUGAAUAAAUAUGAUUCAUCAGAAGAAUGUCUCCUGAGGCUGCUGCCAGUGAUCAAAGCAUCUAGAAAGGCUGAUCUUUCCAACUGUCAUAUUACACAGGAAGGAUGUGCUGCUCUGAUUUCAGCUCUAAGAUCAAACCCCUCACACCUGACAGAACUGGAUCUGAACAAUAAUAAUCCAGGAGACUCAGGUGUGAAGCUGCUCUCUACUCUACUGGAGGACCCACACUCUAAACUGGAGAAACUACAGCUAUGGGGCUGCAGUAUUGGAGAGGAAGGCUGUGCAGCUCUGAUUUCAGCUCUGAGAUCAAACCCCUCACACCUGACAGAACUGAAUCUGAACUAUAAUAAACCAGGAGACUCAGGAGUAAAGCUGCUCUCUGCUCUACUGGAGGAUCCACACUGUAAACUGAAGAAACUACAGCUGAGUUCCUGCAGUUUUAGAGAGGAAGCAUGUGCUGCUCUGAUUUCAGCUCUAAGAUCAAAUCCCUCACACCUGAGAGAACUGGAUCUGAACUGUAAUAAACCAGGAGACUCAGGAGUUAAGCUGCUCUCUGCUCUACUGGAGGAUCCACACUGUAGACUGGAGAAACUACAGCUGUGGGACUGCAGUAUUGGAGAGGAGGGUUGUUCUGCUCUGAUUUCAGCUCUAAGAUCAAACCCCUCACAUCUGACAGAACUGAAUCUGAACUGUAAUAAACCAGGAGACUCAGGAGUGAAGCUGCUCUCUGCUCUACUGGAGGACCCACACUCUAAACUGGAGAAACUACAGUUGUGGGACUGCAGUAUUAGAGAGGAAGGCUGUGCUGCUCUGAUCUCUGCUCUGAGAUCGAACCCCUCACACCUGAGAGAACUGGAUCUGAGCUUUAAUAAACCAGGAGACUCAGGAGUGAAGCUGCUCUCUGCUCUACUGGAGGAUCCACAAUGUAAACUGGAGAAACUACAGCUGUGGGAUUGCAGUAUUAGAGAGGAAGGAUGUGCUGCUCUGAUUUCAGCUCUGAGAUCAAACCCCUCACACCUGACAGAACUGAAUCUUAGUCGCAAUGAACCAGGAGACUCAGGAGUGAAGCUGCUCUCUGCUCUACUGGAGGAUCCACACUGUAAACUGGGGAAACUACUGCUGUGGGACUGCAGUAUUAGAGAGGAAGGCUGUGCAGCUCUGAUUUCAGCUCUGAGAUCAAACCCCUCACACCUGACAGAACUGAAUCUAAACUUUAAUAAACCAGGAAACUCAGGAGUGAAUCAGCUCGCUGCUCUACUGGAGGAUCCACACUGUAAACUGGAGAAACUGCAGUUGUGGCGCUGCAGUAUUGGAGAGGAAGGCUGUGCUGCUCUGAUUUCAGUUCUAAUAUCAAACCCCUCACACCUGAGAGAACUGAAUCUGAGCAAUAAUAAACCAGGAGACUCAGGAGUGAAGCUGCUCUCUGCUCUACUGAAGGAUCCACACUGUAAACCGGAGAAACUAUAUAUUUGACAGUGGAAACUCCGCAAGCUCCGAUCAAGUGAAUAAAAACAACAUGUUCUGAACAAGACUGUCACCUGGACAAAUGCUGAUACUGAUCCAGCAGUUUAAAAGAACAGAACAGUAUUAACAUAUUCUAGUUUUAUUCCAAAGCCUAGGUACUUGGAGUAUAUAGAAUGAGUAUAAUAUAUAUAUAUAUAUAUUAAUGUUGUUUAAUACUGUAUACUGAGCCAUUAAUACAGUCAUUCCAAAUGUAAUGCCAGCUGUUUGUCCAUCAUCAUUCAUUCAUUAAAACAUGAAUCAAAACAAACAGUCAGUGAUAUAACCAUAAUAAUCCUCAUUGAGAGUAAUCCUCAGUGAGAGAAACACCAGUAUGUAAAUGAGUAAUUUUCAAAACUGUAAAAGAGAGUGAGGUACCUACAUACUGUAGUUUCCAAACUAGAAACAAGAUACAUAAGACAACAAUCAGAAUUUCAAGUUCAAACUUGAUAAAACUCCAGGAAUGCAGUAAUAACACCUACAUAAGAAUAUUUAUUUUUAUUCCAAUUUAUUAUCCCUUGUCUUCCUUUUGAUUGUAUUAUUAAACAUAUGUAUUGUUUUAAUUUAAUUUUGUAUUUUUGUUGUUUAAUGUUUAGCAGAUUUCCAUGUUCUGAAGCUGUAAUAUGUUGUUUUUCAUGCCAAUAAAACAACUGAACAUAAACUGUCCCAGCAGGCACACAACGUCAUAAGACGUUAAUAUUUGGUUAGAUUUAGGUUGCGACGUCAGGUAACCAAAAUUCAAUGUCAAGCCAACGUCUAAUGACAACAUUACUGUGACGUCCAAUACCGACGUCAGCUGACAUUGAUAUUUUGUUGUUUUUAGGUUGUGUUGUAAAGUAACCAAAAUCCAACGUCGAGCCAACGUCUCAAGCCAACGUCACAUUGACGUCAAAUACUGAUAUUUAGUCAUCAGGUAUGGCAAACAAAACCCAACAUCUCCUAGACGUCAUAAUGGUAACAUCCACACAACGUCAAAUUCUAACAUCAUUAGACGUUGAUAUUUAGUUAGGUUUAGGUUGUUGCAUUAACUAACCAAAAUCCAUUGUCAAGCCAACGUCUUAAGCCAACAUCAUAUUGAUGUCAAAUACUGACAUUUAGUCGUCAGGUAUGAUGACCAAAACCCAACGUCUCGUAGACGUCAUAUUGGUAACUUCCACACAACGUCAAACUCUAACAUCAUUAGACGUUGAUCUUUUGUUAGUUUUAGGUUGUGGCAUUAAAUAACCAAAAUCCAACAUCAAGCCAACGUCUUAAGCCAACAUCAUAUUGAUGUCAAAUACUGACAUUUAGUCGUCAGGUAUGGCAACCAAAAUCCAACGUCUCCUAGACGUCAUAUUGGCAACGUCCACACAACGUCCAACUCUAACAUCAUUAGACAUUGAUCUUUUGUUAGUUUUAGGUUGUGGCAUUAACUAACCAAAAUCCAACGUCAAGCCAACGUCUUAUUGAAGUCAAAUACUGACAUUUAGUUGUCAGGUUUGGCGACCAAAACCCAACGUCUUGUAGACGUCAUAUUGGUAACGUCCACACAACGUCCAACUCUAACAUCAUUAGACAUUAAUCUUUAGUCAGUUUCAUGUUGUGGCAUUAAUUAAACAAAUUCCAACGUUGAGCCAACGUCUUAAGCCAACAUCAUACUGAUGUCAAAUUCUGACAUUUAGUCAUGAGGUACACUGUAAAAAAAAAAAAUCUAUUUUACAGAAUAUAACUGUACAUAUUUACAGUAUUUUUCUGUUAUUUUAAAUUAUAAGUAAAAUUCUGUAAAACAACAUCUAUAAAUUAAAAACUUGACUGUUAUUUUAAGUAAGCUAUUAUAUCUUUAAUGACAAAUUAUAGUAGUUCUCAUUUUUUUAACACAGGAAAAUGGCUGUAUUAUUUAUACUGUAUUUUUUCUGUAUUCUUAAAUUGCAUAUAAUUUAAAUGUAAAAUAACACAAAUAAUCUGUAAUAUGUAGCUCAUUAUAUUAAAGGUUUAUGCCCAUAGUAGCUGUUUAGCAUUUUUCUUUGUAAUUUUAAAGUACAUCAUAUUAGUUUUAUAUUUACAUCAAAUAAUGCAUAGUCUGUUUUUAAAGAGUAAAGCUGCACUACUCUCCAGGUUCUAACUUUCAGGCCUCUGCCCACACACCAGUUGAUCCAAAUUACUUUGCAAAGGAAAUUGUGAACAGAGAAAAGUACACAUAAUCUUUAAAAGCUCAAACUCUCCAAAAAAAAAAAUCCAUUGACUUUCACAAACAUGGCAUACAGCCAUUGUAAAUUAUUGGUAUGUUAUCUGAACAGAAUGUGCAUUUGUUAUUUGUGUGAGAGAAACCCUAUACCUACGGAGAAAUUUGAAAUUAGAAAAAAACAGAGCAUGGAGAAAAGGGUCUGAAAGGACUGGAAUGCAUACCAUAACAUUUUGAAUCCUCGAUUUGUCAAAUGUGCAUGUGCAUAUGGAAAGACCAUAAUUUACCAUAGUUUACAUUUUCCCAUACCAUGAAUGCUGUAACGGCAUUACCACUGCAGUCAACAGUGUAAUCUGUAGACAAAUGUUGCAAUUAUGACAGUAUUUGCAGUAAGUGUUACUGUGGACAAAGGAAUAAACCUAAACCAACAGGUGGUGUAACACUGUCUGCAAUACAGCAAAGUACUGUCAGAUACAGAAAAUGCCACAGUUGUAUGCACAGCUGCAUUUAGGCAUAAGAGUGGUUAUACAGUUGAGACAAGGGAUUUGCUAAAGUUCAAAAGGGUCAUUAUUGGUCAUGUGAAUGUAACUGUAAUUUACGAGUAUAGACAGUAUGUACACACUGUCUGUACUCCUAAACCUAACCCUAUUUUAACUCUAAAUUCAUAGGGAAAUUAUAGGUGAAUAGUGAAUAGCACACAUACACUUAUAAGCAUAAGUGAAAACACCAUUUUACCAAUUAAUUACAUGUAACAGCCUAAAAAAUUUAUUUUUUAUUAUUUAUUUUUGUUAUUUGAUGUCUCUUUUUGUUGCUUUGGUCAUGAUUGGUUAAUCUAAACGUCAUCCAGGAAUCUGGCCAAUGACAACUGGGCACGCCUCCUACCGCUCAAAUUUGAAUUUACACACCAGUCUGUUGCUGCUCUGUUUAUCUGCAGUCCUGCUCCGUUCAAUGCAGUAGUAAUGGCUUUUACAUGGAUUAUCACAUAUCUGACAGAUUAAUUCUUAUUUUGACCGAUUUUGAGUUAAACGGUGCAGAUUGAGAACGAUAAAGCGUGAAUAUGAACACAGACACAAUGGCUAAUGGACACAUAUUGCAAACGGCAGAAGGUAAAUACCAUUUAUAAUUUUUCUACUGUUACUGUUAAAGUGAUAUGCUAAUCGCGAUGACAUAAUCUGUUACUGUUUUGAUAUUAUGUUUUAAUAAAGAUAAGGCUGUGUGUAAUGACGAUGUUGUGGCCAUGAUUUAAAGUGACUACUUUGUGUUUUUAAAAAUUUGUUUAUAUCGCGGAAUGUAAAUAUAUCCACGUAACAUAGUGCUACGAGUUACUGACGUUUUAAUAGAGAAACAUGCAUGAAUGACAGAAUAAAUAGCGGGACAUGUAUGAUGUUAAUACAGAAGGCCACCGUUUGCUGAUCUUAUUUUUAAUAACAGUAUGAAAUAGUAAAAAUAACUAACGUUAUAUUGUUAUUUUAUUGUAAAAUAAAAUGUCUCACUGUGGAACAUGAAAAACUGGCAUAUACACUUGUUCAACAGAGAGGACAUGAAACCACCAUUCUUGGACUCUGAAGAAUACUAUGCAAAGCAUGCUUUUGGAUCUACUGUUAAGUCUUUGUAAUAAAGCUGGUGAGUAGGCUAAAUAAAGUCCAUGUCUCUGUCAGUAAGUCAACAAUAUUGUUCUAUUAAACCUGUUAAUAUUUAUUUGUGUGUGUGUGUGUGUGUGUGUGUGUGUUUUCCCUCUCAUGGUCCAGAGGUUUUGGGAUUGAAAAUCUUCUGCCACAUGAUCCGUAAAAGUAAGUAUACAUGUCAUGCUAACAUUAAUUCUUUAAAUGAUCAUGUGCUAUUAUAUGUGCUGAAAUGUGAACACAGCAAAGCAGGUAAACUCUGCACCAAGGCACCAAUCUGAUUCAAAGUUCAUUCUUGAGUUUAGCUCACUCAACAUGAAAACUCCCUCAUCAUUUUUUCACCCUCAUGUCUUUUUUGAUCUUCUUUUGUGUCAGUUAUGCAGAUUGGAUUUUUAGCUGUACAGAACCGCUCGUUUUGCUGCUUGAUAUUGCAAAUUGGUGUGUCUUACCAUGUUAUUUUAGUGUAUUAGCUUAA